CUUACCCGGCGUGCAUCGCGCUCUCCGCCUCCACUGCGCAGCCGCGGCCGCCAUUUUGCGGCCUGGGCUAACUAACGGAGGCGGCGUGGGGAGUUGUCGUCGGCCCCAUGGAGAGCGAAGAUACUGGGAACAGGCUGCGGUUCCAGCUGGAAUUGGAAUUUGUGCAGUGCCUGGCAAACCCCAAUUACCUGAACUUUCUUGCUCAGAGAGGAUACUUCAAAGACAAGGCCUUUGUCAACUAUCUGAAAUACCUGCUCUACUGGAAGGAACCUGAAUAUGCAAAAUAUUUAAAAGAUCCUCAGUGCCUCCUCAUGCUGGAGCUGCUGCAGUACGAACACUUCUGGAAGGAGCUGGUCAAUGCCCAGUGUGCCAAGUUCAUCGACGAACAGCAGAUCCUCCACUGGCAGCACUAUUCCCGGAAACGGAUGCGCCUCCAGCAGGCCCUGGCGGAACAGCAGCAACAGCAGCAGCAGAACAGCACCUCCAUCAAAUGAGGAUUGUCAGGAGAUGGGACUCCUGCGUCAGUUGGAGGCCCUAGCAUAACUUUGGUUGAUCGUACAUGAGCCUACAUCUAGGGGACAGAUGUCCUACCCUGGUUCGGAAGCUCUGUGCACUCCAGUUUUGUGACUUUCAACAAGCAAGGUCAGAGGGGGGAGGAAGUGAUCACUUGAGAGAAUGGAGCUGGGCUUGAGGGCGUUUUCUCCUACCUCGCUAAGGUGCUGGGUACGACAGCCGGGUUUUUCUGAUUGCAGAAUUGCACUCAAAAAUUAGUUCCCCAUGGCCCCCAAUCCAUAAAUGAGCAAUUCCAAGAGUAACGGAAUCAGGCACAGUUCCACUUUUUUACUAAUUUUAGCCAGAAGCAGAUUUUCAAGUUGUGACUAUAGGUACCCACUGGCAAGAGAACAUCUUCUAUUAAGAAGACCGUAUUUUUACAAGACACUUAAAUAUAGGUUGUGUCUGAAAUGCACAAAACACAUUGGUAACAGAAUCAGAAAUGAUGCCCCAAAACUGAUUGUUACCGAUUUGUUUUGCCUGGCUCUCAUACCCAGCAUUUUACCGAGGCAGGCAGAAACGCCCCCGACCCAGCUUCUUUCUCCUAGGCGACUGCGCCCUCCCCCUCCGCCCCUGCUUGUUAAGAGCACACAAUCACAAAACGGGAGUGUGUACAGCUCCUGAACUAGAGUAUUGUGUUUGUCCUACUCUAGUGACCAUCAUUUGAACAAGCCUCUUGUUUUUCUGGAGACUGCAGCACCGGUUUCUUGAGUAUUUUGUAGCUGCCAGAGAAUUCUUCUCCCUUUGGGGUUUAAAGGAGUCGGAAAUAAUUGCCCAGAACAGCAGAAGGGUGGCUUGGUGGUUCUUAGCAUAUUUGUGGUGGAUGACGGCCAGCGGUCCUUCCAAGCUGGCAGAAUGCACCAGCGUUCAAUUAAGCCAGCCCUACGAGGUUAGACAGAGCUCUCAGAUGUAGCAGAGAGUUGAAUUCAAUAACUGCAGCAAUGUCUGCUCUGUUGUAGCUUGUCUGAUUUGCAAGUGGAAAACGCAACAACCAAUCAUGUGACCAGGAAUUGCAGCCCAACUUCCUGCUGAGCAAUGGGCAGGACCUUUAGUACAUGUAUCAGCUAGGGUGGUUGGUGGCAUCCACAGGGAUGCACCCCCCCCAUCUCUCUAGCCUGUUUCUUGUCUGACUGUAAGCUCUUUGAGGGCAGAUACUUUUUUUGGGGGGGGGGCUUAUAAAACUCCUUCCCUUUAAACUCAGCUGCGGUCCUAGGAUGGCAUCUUUUCCAUUCAGCCUUGUUUGAACAGUCCUGGCUACUGAAUCCCAGAAGACUGUUAAUAGCAAUUAAAUGUGCUAAUGCUA